GGCGUGGUGCGAAAAUGCCUCGCCGGGGCGCACCGGGGCGGAAGCCUCGGCAGCGGCGGCGAGAGCUGUGGGAGGGGGCUACAGGGGGGGCGAGGUGAGAGGUGGCGGCGGGCAGAGGGUGUUUUUUUCCUUUUCCCUCCAGAGCGGGGGUUGUAAACCGAAGCCAAAGAGUGUCCCCGUGGGUCGGGUGCACUUUUUUCUUGUCCCGGUGCGCUCAGGGCCGCCUGGUGCCUGAGAGGAAACAGUGGAGGCAGAGGGACAGGUCACCCGGGGCGUCGGCGAUUUUAUUGCGGCCGAGCCGGCGCGCGCCGGGAGAGGCUGGGCGGGCGGUGGAACGCGGGGGCUGGGUGAGGCCCCGCGACCCGCGAGGGAGGCGGCGCGAGGCCGAGGAGACGGGCGCGAGAGCGGAGCAUGAACGCCCAGUAGCCGAGUGCCCGCGGCUGCCCGGCCUCAGAGGCGACGCGCGGGCGGGCGGGCGGGCGGCGGCACCAAAGUAGCCCGGCGGCCCCAGCGGCGCGAGCAGCCGCCCCAGAGGCCCCCGCGGCAGUGCAGUCGCGCUGAGGCGCGCUCCCUGCCUGCUCGGCGCCGCCCGCCCGCCCGGGGCCGCCCUACCUCGGCCCCCGGCCGCCGCCGCCCCGAUGAGCUCGUACUUCGUGAACCCGCUGUACUCCAAGUACAAGGCGGCGGCCGCGGCGGCGGCCGCGGCAGGCGAGGCCAUCAAUCCCACUUACUACGACUGUCACUUCGCGCCCGAGGUCGGCGGCCGCCACGCCGCAGCCGCCGCCGCCUUGCAGCUCUAUGGCAACAGCGCCGCGGGCUUCCCGCACGCGCCCCCGCAGGCGCACGCGCACCCGCACCCUUCGCCGCCGCCCGCCAGGCCGGGUUGCGGUGGUGGGGGCGGUCCGGGCCCCGGCCAAGACUACUUCCACCCCGGCGGGGGCAGCCCAGCCGCAGCCUACCAGGCCGCCCCCCCGCCGCCGCCGCCGCCGCCGCCGCCGCCGCCUCCCCCCUGCGGCGGGAUUGCCUGUCACGGGGAGCCCGCGAAGUUUUACGGAUACGAUAACUUACAGAGACAGCCGAUUUUUACGACCCAGCAAGAGGCCGAGCUGGUACAAUAUCCUGACUGUAAAUCGUCCAGUGGUAAUAUUGGCGAGGACCCAGACCACUUAAAUCAGAGCUCGUCUCCUUCUCAAAUGUUUCCCUGGAUGAGACCACAAGCAGCUCCUGGUAGACGAAGAGGAAGACAAACCUACAGUCGUUUCCAAACCCUAGAGCUGGAAAAGGAAUUCCUUUUUAACCCUUAUCUGACCAGGAAGAGAAGAAUCGAGGUUUCCCACGCCUUAGCCCUCACCGAGAGACAGGUAAAAAUCUGGUUCCAGAACAGAAGAAUGAAAUGGAAGAAGGAGAACAACAAGGACAAAUUCCCGGUUUCCCGACAGGAGGCAAAGGAUGGGGAAACCAAAAAGGAAGCCCAAGAGCUGGAGGAAGAUCGAGCUGAAGGCCCGACAAAUUAACUUCUACCUUUAAAGUUUUACCGCAGACUAUUAAAACUAAUGGUCAGCAUAUGCUGGUGGACACCACCUAUUUUCUUUGUUGGAAAGGACUUUACCUGUAUUUCAAGCUACCUUCAUGUCACUGCUCUUGAGGUUUCUGCGCUUUGAGAGGGAUUUGGGUGUUGCAAAAAAAGUUUCUAGUGUCACAUAGAAACAGCGGUUGAGCUGUCCUAUGUAAGAGUAAUUUGAUACUGACCUUGUAGCUAUAUUUUUAUAAUGGUAGUUUUUAAUGUCUGAGCUGAUGAUUUUGCCUCAACAACAUAAACUUCCUAAUGAUUAGCACUAAGUAAUUGAAUAUAAAAUGCUUUAUUAAUCAAACAAGUGCACUUGAACAUUUUAAAUCUUUUCUUUAUGGUGAGUAAGUUAAAAGAAGUCUAUUAAUUUUUUUAAAAAAAUUAUGCCUGCAGAAUAUUUACUUUAUAUUAUUUGAUUAAAAUGUAUUAUUUAUGGUUUUUCUUUCUGCUUUUAUAAUGAAUGGUUCGGGUGCCUUUUGUUUACUCCUAAAAGAUUUCUUUGAGUAUUUUGUAAAUGUAAUAUCUCUGGGAAAAAGUCUGGGCCAAAUAUUCGAAAAGCACAUGUUAGCUGAAGAGUGUAAUGUGUAGUCCUGGCUCUGCAGCUUCCUUAAACUUGGGGGAAAAUGUUGGGCCAGUGACAGAAGUUUCAGGACAAUGUUAAAGUUGAUGUUUAAUAAUUUUUCUAUAGUUUCUACAAAUUAUGGCAAUUUAAUCAUCUAAAGUGAAUGAAUACUUGAAAAGCCUAUUAUAACUUUCACUUAUAUAGUUUUUACUCUGGCGAAUCGCCUUGUGGAAAGCUUUUCAUUGCUGAAUUUGCUUUCGUUUUGAACCGAGCUUGGUAUCGCCUGAAAUUGCUAGGUCUCUAUGCUGUGGCAGUCGAUGUGAUUCUGUUUUUUGAGGAGGUGCCAUAUUUAUUUGUAUUCCUUCUCUCUGUUUGCAUGCCCAUUGUGAGCCAACUUGCUCUGCACAUCUCAGAUAUCGGUUGGUACGUCCUCUGCUGUUCUCCAGGUUGGCCUCACUUAUUUGAAACAAGCCCUGAGAGCAAAUGCAGAAAAAUCUGAGUGUAAACAACUGCUCCAGAACAAAGCUAGCUCCUUAAUAAAAGAAAUGAAUCUUUUUUCUAGAGCUAGUGUUUUUGAGCGCCGCCAAUAACACUUUUCCUGAAUUAGGAACAAUUGCCUGUGCUCACAUGAAGGCAACAUCCUGCCAAAACUUCUGUUUGAUAAAAAGGAGGGUGGGGGUUACAUGCACCCUUGCUGUAAAAAAAUAAAUAAUAAAUGCAAGGAGUGGAGGGGGCUCUCUUUCAUUCCAGAGAGGGCCGGCUAGGCUACCUAAGCUUCAUCUUGUUCUGUUUAACCUUGAUAAGAUAUUGGGAAAGCCUUGAACUUCACAAAGGAUUGGAGUUGUAGGCCCGGUGGGGAAUGACCCAGAGUCCAGGUUACACCGCAGCUUAUUCCACUGAGUCGGCGCUGAUGCUGAGGUUUGGGAUCUGUUCUUAACAAGAUAUCCAUUUUCCAUUUGAGGCUGCUCCUGCAGCUGCCAUUUUAUGAGGGCAGAGGAGGGGGCAGAGGGGCGGGAGAGAAGAGCAAAAAUUCAAGUAAAUUAACAUUUCUUCCCCCGAAAGGGAAAGGACCUUUAUCAGGUAGACAUUGAAGAAGUCUCUUCUAUUUCUAAAUGCCUGUGUAUUUUAGAAGAGGUACAUUUUAAUUUCCAGAUUUAAUGAUUGUACAGGUAAGAAAAUGAAAUCCUCUAGUUUUAGGUCUGGAUCACCCCUCAGGCAUUGAUGGGCUGUAUGCCUGCUGCUUCAAGGACCGGUGAAAUGUUGGCACUUACUGGGCCAGAAACGAAGCACCACCUGGCUUUCUAUCCAGGGAAGAGGUCUGGCUGUGGCAUUUGCUGACCUGAGCCAGGAAAGACAGUUUUAAGUCAGGGGUGGCCCUGAGUUUAAACAUUUGCAUGAGAGGAGACAGCUGCAAACGUGCAUACUGGAUUUGGAAACGCCUUGCUCUGAGUGCUGCCUGAGACUGCUGUUGACUGGUUUAGAGCAAGUAUGCCAAGUGCCUGAAAGCAUGGCUAGGGAACAGCUUGCCUGGGGAGAGGGCGUGAGUAAGCUGGCUAGAGACUGGUGCUGGCUAAACUCCAGCUGCCUUCCGUUUAAGGGAUCCUCUGUUAGCAGAAUGCACCAUCUCCUACAUAAGAAUGUCCCCCCAAAAAUCACUUUUAGAGCCACUGAUUUGUGCAAAAUUCUCUGUAAGGAGGGGGACUUGGGUGUGGAUAGAGGUGGAAAUAAGGGAAGGAAGGGGAGGUAAAAAUAUUUCCUCUUCAUUUUGUGCUACUCUGUUGUGCUGCCUGGCCCCAUCAGCCUCCUAACCCAUGGUUAAUUCACAGCUCAUGUACAGAAAAAGACUGUUGCAGUUAACUGGUACAUUUGAGAGUAUUUGUACAUUUUUUUGGUGUGUAUAUAUAUGGUGUAUUUGUAUAUACACAUUGAUAUUCAUGUGCAGAAAACAUUGGUAAUAAAUGUAGGUAUGUAAGUUUCCUUUUGCAGCUGGGAAAAGCAUAGAUUUGUCUCCAAAUAAAGAGCUGUGGAAU